AUGAAGACCUCGGGUAGUGCGUUCUCUGCCAGCCAAAAGCUUGAGAUACUAGCCGACACGAUUGGUGAGAUUCUCGGCACUUCUGGAACGGUGAGGAUCAACAACUCAAGAGACCAUGACAGACAACCUCUCAGUCCCCACGCCAUCAGUGAAAAGGCCAAGAAAAUGUACCGAGACAAAGCCCCGAUUGAUUACAACCUUCUUGGCAGCAACUGCGAGCACUACAUGAAUCUUUCUCGAUGCGAUUAUCCCACCAGUGCGCAGAUUACUGCAGCGGGAAUGGCAGUGCUGAAGUAUAUCCUUGCAAUCGGAGUAUAG